AUGGAGGAAUUGGAACCUAGUUUGAAACCCAGAAUUGAAGAGGCUGUGAAGGUGGUUGCAAAAAUGGGUCAAGAUAAACUUUGGUUCAAUGAAAAAUUGACGCAAAAGAAGCUUGAUAGGGGUGGUUUACUAUAUCUGAAUUGGCGUAAAGAGGAACUCGCACAUUCUGUGAUCCUUGAAAGGAAGAAAAUAGAUCUUCUGGAACUACUUCUACAUAAGCUUCGUUUCACAGAUAAUGGUUACCAAAAGAAACCAAUUGAGGCAUGCUUGUCAGCACAAGAGAUUAAGAAACAUAACUUGCGUUUUCGGAUGGUACAUGAAAGCAAGAGUUUGGCUAGUGAAAAGCGGCUUCUGAAAGAGAUUAAAGGGAGCCAGAAGCUGCAGGAGGAGGAUGACAGUUUUGCUUCAUUUUGUACUCAAUGUGAAGCAGAUCUUGCAUAUGUUACUAAACAUUUGAAACAGAUUGGGAACAUAUAUACAAGGCACAGUAGGUACCCUAAUUGGUGGUGGAAUAUUGCUCGUGAUGAACAGAUGUGGUGGUUACAACACCGAAUGCCAUUUCUGAUCAGCAAGGGAGAUACUAAAGACCGCGAAGGAGAAAUCAGAGAUCUUAAAUGCAGAAUAGAAAGAUGUGGAGUUGUACUGCUAAAGAAAGCAGAUAAAACACCAAUUGCUGAUGAUACAAAUGCAAAUGCUAGUCCUACUCUCGUGAGGGGAAAGACUAGGACUUCUUUGGUUUCAAAAAAGGCCUUACAAGAACAAAUUAAGCUUUCUGGUAAGAAAAUAGAGGAAUCAAGGAAAACCCUAUUGGCUCUCGGCCUUGGGCCAAAAAGUUGUAAAGCUCAGAGAAACUUGGUGGGUGUGGAAAAGGAGAUGGCAUCACUGAGGAAGAAAUUGCCGGGACUAGAUCAGAGGAAAAGUGAAGCACACCAAUGCAUUCUGGAACUCUUCACAAAACAACAAGACUAGCUGUGAGGCAUGAGGCAAUUGGCACAGUACAAUGAACACAACUCGUUGAUCACAAAAUAAACUUCAUUACAACACCCAUUCA